CUCCGCAAAGCUCCCGGAGCGCCCGGCCGCCGUCGUAAGUGCGGGCCGCAUGAAUGGGGCGCUGGGCGUAAGGCGAAGCCUGGCACGGUCCGCGCGGCCGCUACCUGCUCCCAGCGCGUGAGGGCGGGUGUGGGCCGUGCACGUGCGCGCGCGGAGGGGGCGCGAGGCCAGCGCGCAGGGCCGUUGCAGGCGCCCGGCUGCUAAAGUUGGCUGCAGCGCUGCGCGCCCGAGGGGCCGGUGUUUGCGGGGCCUCCCGCCUCGACCCGGGCUGCGGGCAGCCGUGGCGGCCGCAGGGGACCGCAAGGGGCGGAGGAAAGGAGGGGCCCGCCCCCGGCACGCGGAGGAACAGCGGAGUAUGCCCCGAGACAACAUGGCCUCCCUGAUCCAACUGAUCGCCCGCCAGGCUUGCCUCACCUUCCGGGGCGGCGGGGGCGGCCGCAGAGCUUCCGACCGCGGCGCGGCGUCUGGCCCCGAGGCGCCGAUGCCGCCGGGCUUUCCGGAGAACCUGAGCAAGCUGAAGAGCCUGCUGACCCAGAUUCGCGCGGAGGACUUGAACAUCGCCCGGCGCAAGGCCACGCUGCAGCCGCUGCCGCCCAACCUGCCACCGGUCACCUACAUGCACAUCUACGAGACAGAGGGCUUCAGCCUGGGCGUGUUCCUGCUCAAGAGCGGCAUGUCCAUCCCGCUGCACGACCACCCGGGCAUGCACGGCAUGCUCAAGGUGCUCUAUGGAACUGUGCGCAUCAGCUGCAUGGACAAGCUGGAAGCGGGUGGCGAGCAGCGACCGCGGGCUCCGCCGCUGGAGCAGCAGUUCGAGCCGCCCCUGCAGCCCCGAGAGCGGGAUGCCAUGCGGCCGGGAGUGUUGCGUUCGCGGGCCGAGUACACGGAGGCCAGCGGUCCCUGCGUCCUUACGCCGCACCGGGACAACCUGCACCAGAUCGACGCAGUGGACGGGCCUGCCGCCUUCCUGGACAUCCUUGCCCCGCCCUACGACCCAGAUGACGGCCGGGACUGCCACUAUUACCGGGUGCUGGAGCCCGUCAGGUCCAAAGAGGCCUCCGGCUUGGCCUGCGACCUGCCCCGAGAGGUGUGGCUCCUGGAGACCCCGCAGGCCGAUGACUUCUGGUGCGAGGGAGAGCCAUACCCAGGACCUAAGGUCUUCCCUUGAAGUCGCCGGCGCCUGGGAGAGGUGGGCCGAAAACGUGCCCUAGCCUAUCUGGGUCUGGCUCCCCACGACCCACCACAAGGGCUCUGUCUCUGCCCCCUAGCUUGGGCGUUGGAUCUACUGGAAUGAGCAUUAGCCGCUUCCUUGGCAGCUUUGGGAAGCACGGGCGACUGGACAGCAGCCACCGGGCACGGUUAUGGGGGUGGGGUGGGCGGGGAGGCUGGGUUGUUUCCCUGUACUGUCACUGCCACCAGGGCUUUGAUUUGGGAGGAAUGGGGGGGUUGGGGGGAGGUAAUCUAAAGCGCUUCCAUCCUAAAGCCAUAAUGGAAAUACUCUUCCUCUGUUCCCAUUCUAUAUAAAAUAUCUUUCGGUAGGAUUUGUUUUCCCUUACACCCUAUUACUCCUUGUACUUUAACUUAUUAUUGACUACGGCGUGACCCAGUAGUUUGAAUUUUUAGUUCAAGUCAUUGAUAAAAAUAGGUUUAAAGAGAUGAGCUUUUGAAAGUGACUUGUCCUGCCUAAUUAAUUCCUUGUGAAAAUUAAAUCACUUGUUCAGAGUUCAGGGGGUCACCCUCAAAACAUAACUAUGCAUGUAGAGGACAAGAUUUAUUUUCUUUCCUCCCCUUGCCCAGUAGCCACAUCUAGUUCACUCAGGCAACCUGUACUGAGAAAUUACCCACCUGCCUCUCUCUCUGAUGGUCACUGAGAGCUUAUCUUCCCUAUGAGUCUCCCAGAUCUGUGAGUUGAGCAGAUUUCUAGUUGCAGAUUCCCCUUUAAUGCAAAGACUAUUAUCCUCAAGUGACUUUUUUGGUAAUGUACUUUAAGAGCUUAUAGGGUAAUUAUUUUGUAACCGGAAGAUUCAAAGGAACUGAAUCUGUUAGGCUUCCAAACAACUGAAUGUAAAACACUCCUAGCCAGCUGUUGAAUUCCAUACCAGUUUUAUUUAAAUAUUUUCCUGUAAAAAUAGAGAAAAACAUUAUGUUGAUGACUGUUUUCACAUUCUCUCAGGAACUCUCAUGUUCCAGAGGGUUGGUGGUUCCAGCUGUGUUGCUGGCAGUGUUAUCUCAACCCUCUCCCUAAAACCAGAGAGCAGGUGCUGUGGUUCCUCUAAUGCGAUUUUCUGCAGGAAGAGAUAAAAGGCACAGACGAUCAAGGCUAAGAAUUAAGGAUUUACUACUGGCCAUUUUAGGGCACUGAAACUUGGGAUUAAACACUUCUCCCAACUCUUGAACUGUUGUGCUAUCUAUGACUAGUUUUAAUUUUGUUCUUUUAACAGGCUGAGCAACUUUACUUUGUUUACAUAUGUAUUGACACUAUUUGCUUCAGGCCGUGGAGCACUGUUUCCCCCUUUUUACUAUUACUAUUUAUAGGGUUCCUUUUUUCACAAAACUUUUAAUGAAAACAAACUGUAGAAAUAAACACAUUAAAAUUUG